AGAGAGAGAGAGAUUCAAGGAUCCUUGUGAGACAAGGACCCAAGGCAGGAAGCAGGCAGGCUUCAAGAUCCCUAGAGAGAGAGUGUGUCAUCCACAAUGUGCCCAACAAAGCAAAAGCCACGACCCUCACGUGAAGAGAAACCCUCCCCCCAAAACCCCUCUCUCUCUCCUCCCCCACCGAUCGACUGGAAGCAUGAGGCCCGCCUCGCUGGCUCCCUCGAUGAAGUCGACCUUCACACAGGCGUCAAUGGAUGGGCCCCACCCCCUGGCGACCUCUUCUCUCUCAGGGCCAAGAAUUACUUCUCCAAAAAACAGAAAUCCCCCUCUGGCGAUUGGCUCUUGAAGCCACUCGCGGUCGAUUGGCUGAGGUCGAGUGCCCGGCUCGACAAUUUGCUAAGCCGUCCGGACAACAGGGUCGCCACUGCUCUUCGUCGUGCCCAGGCCUCUGGGUCUGCGCGUAAGGCUUUCAUGUUCGCCGUUAAUUUGCAGAUCCCAGGGCGCGAGCACCACAGUGCAGUAUUCUACUUUGCAUCAGAUGAUCCCUUACAUCCUGACUCAUUGCUCUAUAAAUUCGUGCAUGGUGACGAAGCGUUCCGGAACUCUCGGUUCAAAAUCGUAAACCGCAUUGUCAAGGGCCCUUGGAUUGUAAAAGCGGCGGUUGGUAACCACUCAGCUUGCCUCUUAGGCAAGGCGUUGUGUUGUCGGUAUUUAAAGGGCGAUAACUACUUUGAAAUUGAUGUAGAUAUCGGGUCCUCGGCUUUAGCUAAUGCUAUUUUGCAUUUGGCUUUAGGGUAUGUGACCUCAGUUACUGUUGAUAUGGGGUUUGUGGUGGAGGCCCAAAGCGAGGAAGAGUUGCCGGAAAAGUUAGUAGGAGCUGUGAGAAUAGCCCAAAUGGAGAUGGGCUCUGCAGUGUGGGUUGAGCCCAUGGGCCCAGAGCCUGCGAGCCGGGCACAUGGGCCUGUCAAAGGGAGAAGCUUUGGAAGGGUGAAGCACCAUGCAAGAGAUGAGGAAGUGUGAGGAGAGAGAGAGAGAGAGAGACAGAGAGAGAAGGGUGAUUCUUGGUCCCCUUGGUUUCUGUGGGGGUUGGAUGGGGCAUCUGGCUUCUUGUGUAGAUAAUAAGAGGGAGAGAAGAUAAAUUGCUUUUGUAGUUUCUUUGUCUUGUUAUUUGGUCAAUUAGUUCCCAAAUUCAUUUGAUGGGAGUUUUAGUAAGAUCCCAUUUCGUUGCUGUUGCAAUGGUGGUUUUCUUCCAA